GCUCCUCAAACACAGUUUAGACAUUGCAAGUGACAGCUCUUUAAUCUCUGCAGAGUGACCAAACCAGCACACAGGACCUGUUCCAGUGCAAGGCCAGUCUGUGCAGAGGAGUGUUUCUGCCCUGGGCUGCAGGGAGCACUUCAUCCAGGCUCUGCAUUUCCUGCCCUGCCAGGGGACACAUUCAGAGCUCAACCCUGACACCAGAAGUCUCUUUUCUUUCAGGAGCUGGGACAUCAGAGAAAUACUCCAUCUGACAUACAGAGACAAUCACUGCUAUGAUGGGAGAAAGACUGAGAAAUCAUUCAGAGAGGAAGCAGAAGACAAGAGCCUGAAAUUCCAGGCUCUUCCUAGGACACCCCAACCCAACACAAUUCCAUUCCUUCCUUACAGAGUAUCCUGGAUCUGAAACCAGUUUUGGAUGGUCCCAGAUGAAACUGUCUCUGCUUAAUGGCUGGACCCCCCCCACCCUGCCCAUGAUGGGUAAUUUCCAGGAAGACCACUGAUUUCUGCAUGAUCACAGUCACUUGCUGCUUCUUGCAGCAGGAAAGUGAGAGAGCUCCUACUGUUCAGCUUGGCUAAUAAGGCUGCUAGUGUGAAGACAUGAAAGGUGGAGUCUGAGUCCAGGGCAGGAGAGCUUGGGAACUGGUUUAUCCAUUUCAGUGAAUAUUCACAGCAGGGCUCCUCUCUAGCAUUCUUCAGGGACAAAACUUGGCACCCGAACUCUUUGUCUGCUUCAAACCCAUUCAGCCCUCCAGUAUGGCGGCAAUGAGCCUACCACCUCUAGGUUCAUAGCAUUGAGGGUCUUCUGAUGGGGAUAGGGUUGGAAAAUGACAGCAAGUUUUGCCAUUCAUAUUCUCAUAGAAUCUAAGUAGGAUGUAAGACAAUGACAAUUUCUAGGGUAACCUGGGAUUGGGACAGUCUGUUUGGAGCACCAGCUGGACCUUCUGUGGGUUAGGGACUGGGGGUGGGGUUUCAGGGACAAGCUGCCUAACAGACCUUAGACAACGUAUAACAAUGCACAUGUAUAUCUGCGUUGGAGAAACUGUCCCUGUUGCUGGACACAGAUGAAGUCAGUGAAGUGGACUCUUGAAUACUCUCUUCCUAGACAGGUUCUUUUGUACUUCAUGCCCAUUGGUGAUUAUUAAACUUUCCUAGAACAAAUCAAUAUGUAGAUUUUUCCCUUCCUUAUGAUGAUAAAAUGGGGGAAAUGUGGGUCUUGGUCCACAUUGGGUUCAAAAUCACAGAAGUCCUUGCUACCUUGGAUUUCUAGUCUGGUCCAUGGUUGAUCCCUGCUUCAUGGCUCAAGAUGAUUGGGCAUGGCAUGAACUCUAAAGGAUCCUGCAUGGGAAAUCCACUAAUGAAUGCUUUUCAUUCUGCUUCUUAGUUUAUGAAGUCUAUUAGGUCCAUUUUAACAAGAGUUCAAAAAAGUUACCCAAAGGAAUAGAAUACAAUAGAUUAAAAUGAAGGGAAGGCAAACUGUUGGUAAACUCUUUCUUCAGGUGUAUGCAUGUGUGUUGAGUAUGUACUUAGUUCUUAUGUGGAAUGCAUCUCUCACUGCCGGUGUCCUUCAGAAAACUUUGAAAGAUCUGCAUAUAAGGUCUGAUUAUCUUUGCAAGCACAACUGCUGAGCUCCCUCCAUAAAGGCCUAUGUAUUUUUGCUCAGGGACUUUCAAACUCUGUUUGGAGAGGGAAGAUCAGAGGCACAACAUGAGUAGGAUCUACAGAAAGGGACAUUGGGCUUGCAUUGGGCUGGUCUUGGCUUCUCAACUUCUGGGUCAGUAAUCUGAGCCUCAUGUCCUACAGACACAUGUGCACUGACCAUUCCUGGAAGACUUGCAAAUUCUCAUGGAGUUACCCUUGUCCCAGCCUGGCCUGGCACUGUCACAUGGACAUAGUACUGCCUAAAAGGAUUCUGAGAGGAUCCCAUGUGCAAGGUUGUAUAGAAUCAGGUGCAAGACAGGAACCAGAUGAGCAGGUAGUGGGGGACAGGGAGCUGUGGUUAGUGCUAUGGGGCCUCAGUCACCCCUCCAAUAGAGUCUAGCACAGGUGCUUAGGUGAGCAGAUAUGUGAAAAGUCCAUAGUUGGGUCAGAUACGGUCAGAAAUAGUCUGGAACAGGGUAGGUUUAUGCUCACCUCCCACACCUACUUUGGGAUGGGGGGAGGUCAUACUUUUCCCCAGCCUCUACUUGUUUUCCAAAGGGCUGUGGCAGAACUGGCUACAACAUUUCAGAUGACAGAUUAAGGAAGAAAAGUUAAUUUAUCCAUCAGCCAGUAAGUGGGAGAUAUGCAAUGGUUGUGCAUAUUCAUCUAAUAGAAAUGUGUCCCACACCUGUGGCCACUAGGCAGAGCCUAGGGAAUUAUUUACUGUAAGUACCAAGACCUGCAUAUAUAUUAUUAUGAUAUCAGGUAUUUAACAUGGGAUAGCACAGUACUUUCAGGGACUUUAACUUUUUGAAGAGAGCAGGGUUUUUUUUUUUUUUUUAAUUGAUCUAACACACAAGAAGUUAAGGUGAGACGGGUACAUAUGGAGGUUGUGAUGGGGUUUAGACAAACCAGGGAAAGGAUUGAAGGGCUCUAGCUCAGUUCUUAUGUUUUAGCUCUCCUAGGCCUCAAAGGACCUCUGAUAAGGACAUCUAGCCUUCCCCAUCCCAUAGUAGGGGCAAACUUACAGGUAAGCAGAAUCCAUACCUUUGUCCCAUACUCAGGAGCAGAAGAAAGCCCUUCAUACAAUCAAGUCAGUGAGCCUGGAAUUCACGAAGGAGAUUGUUUCCCUGGAGCCAUGAUGACAGUUCAGGCUUCCAGGAACCUCUAUGUACCCCAUAAAUAAGAUUCCAGGUUGUUCUGAAUAAUAGUCAAGAGAGCCCUUAAAGAAGGCUUUGAGUACAAGGUCAAAGGAGGGCUAAUCUUAGAUAUUCUCAUUCCAGACUGUUCCUUCAGCUUGAGCCAGCCCAGAGCUCCAUCUUUCUGACUUCUAUCCAGCUUUGGCCAUAUGUGCUUUGCCCAACCACCAUGUCAUUCACACCCUCACUUGCCUCAGGGCAUGUCCACUCCUUGCAGGAGGAGGCACCAUCCUUGUUGACUAUUGCUCUUCUCUUGGUGAAGGACCCUGAAGACUUUGUGGGCACAGGCCUCGGAAGAUUCUGGUCCCUAAGCAGAUGUGAUGGUGAUCUCAUCAUAAUCCAUCAGCUUCCUUCCCUCUGAACUCCCAGCAUCUCCUGAUCAUUUCAUUAGGGAUCUGUCUCCCAAUGGGUCAAGUUCACUGCAACAUUUUCUGAGAAGUGGGAACACAUUGUGGGUUUUCCCUUCACACUUGGAAAUCAGUGAGUUUUCUGUAAUGUGUAGUGAGGAUGGGAGUUGAGAGAGGACUGUGAUUUCCAUUCUCUCCACAAAUUAGUAAGGGUGUAUCCAGGAAGAAGUAAAUGGCAGUUAACAGCAACAAAUGGACCCACAUCCCCAAGAGAAGCAUCUUAGCAUCCAGCCAUUCCUUGGCUUCUGGAACUGGAGAUUCAGCAUUAAGUAGGAUCAUCCUCCCCUCCUGUCCAGACAGAAACAGAGAAUCACACUGUGGGUUUAAAUCUUGGAUCCCAGGUCAUUGCUAUGCCAUUUAAGGCUUGUUUCUCAUCUGUGAGACACUGUUUCUUCAUCUGUGACCAGGAAUAAUACUAUUUCUUGUCUAACAGAGCUUGGAGAAGAUUAAUCAAGAAAAGGCAUGCAGAAGAUCCUGCCCAGACAGACUCACAGAUCAGAUCUUCAUACACUGCAGUAAGAGUUGGAGGGAGUAAGAAGAACCAGAGAAAAGUCUUCCUCAGAGGUCCUAAUAAGACCAGAGAGGAUUCACCAAGAGGUUACUGGGAGGCCUGGCCAGAGCUCCACUCAGACCUUAGCAUGAAAUCCUCACUGGAGACAUGUGAGGUCACUCCACUGCUCAGCGAUGUGACACAGCCCACCCACUCUCUUCACACACCAUUACUUACAACCUCCAACUAUGAUAUGCCAUACAAUAUGGGCUGGAGUAGCUUAUCUAAGGAGACUGCCAUAAACAUUGAAAAGGCCUUGGGAGGAAGGAAGUUGCUGGAGGUGGUCCCUAUGGUCAGGGAGACCCUGGAGAGAGCAUCCAGUGUCCCACUGAGAAUUGCUGUGACUGGGGACUCUGGCAAUGGCAUGUCUUCUUUCAUCAAUGCACUGCGGGGAAUUGGGCAUGAUGAGGAGGAUUCAGCUCCCACAGGGGUAGUAAGAACCACCCAGAUUCCCACUUGCUACUCUUACCCCCACUUUCCCAAUGUGGAGCUGUGGGACCUACCUGGAACAGGGGCAGGCACCCAAAGUCUGGAGAACUACCUGGAGGAGAUGAAAUUUAGCCGGUAUGACCUCUUCAUCAUUAUUGCAUCUGAACAGUUCAGCAUGAAUCUUGUGAAGCUUGCCAAGGCCAUCCAGGUCCUGGGAAAGAGAUUCUACAUUGUCUGGACCAAGCUGGACAGGGACCUCAGCACAAGUGCUCUCUUGAAAAAACGUCUCCUGCAGAAUAUUCGGGAGAAUAUUCAGGAAAAUCUCCAGAAGGAGAGGGUUUUCAAACCCAUCAUAUUCCUGGUCUCCAGCUUUGAGCCCUUAUUGCAUGACUUCCCAGAGCUUAGGAACAUCUUGAACAGGGACAUUUCUGAUAUCAGGUACUGUGGUCCCCUAAAGAAUCUGUCCCACACUUAUGAGAAGGUCAUUAGUGACAAAGUGACCAUGUUCAGGGGGAAAAUAGCCUCAAAGUCUUUUGAUACCCUUGGCAUUUGGAAUGCAGAUGAUCUUGGGGAGUGUCUGAUAGUCUACCACUUGCUCUUUGGUGUGGAUGAUGAGUCUCUCCAACAGAUAGCUCAGAGUAUGGGGAAACCCAUGGAGGAGUACAGGGCCAUUAUGAAGUCUUGGGAUCUGUACACUAUCAUUAGAGGGGACUGGGCAGUAUCUUGCAUGAAUUGUAAUACAUCCUCUUGCUUAUAUACAAUUCUGAGGUACAUCCCACUGUUAGGUGACUUUAUUAUCAACUUUCUGAGAAAGUGGAAACACAGACGCCUCCUGGAAAUAGUUGCUGAGGACACCAGAACCAUCUUGAAGAAAAUCCUGAAAGACUCCAUCAUCUGAAGAGUUGAUGUCAUCAGGAACCUUCUAGAGGGAAGUCAGAACAUCUGGUAUCCUCUCCUCACACUGUACCCUUUCUGAAUUUCCAAUCAAGAUCAGUUACUUCCACUUUUAUCAAAUCUAAGUUUCUUGAGGUAAAUGAGCUGACUUGCUCAUUUUGAACCCAUGUCAUGAAAUUCCCAAAUAUGUUCUACUUCUUGCCAUUUGUUAAAUGAGUCUGGAUCCAAAGGUGGAAGAAAAGAUUUGCUCAGUGUGACACACAGUCUUAUUGUGACAUCCACCCUUAACGCCAUUUAUCUGACACCCAUGUUCUUUCACCUCUCACCUCACAUUCUGUGGACUCAUACAAUCUUGACCUGCCCCUAGGUCAGUGGUAGACACUCUAAAAUGGCCUCCAACAUUUUCUCCUGUUUUUAGGGCUAUGUUUAAUCCCUUCCUCUAGAAUGACUAAUAGAAUAUGACAGCAAUAAUAAAAUGUUCAUAAAUUCCAAAAUUUUGUUAUGAAAAGUCUGCAGCUCUGUCUUAUAAACACUCUGCUCACUGGCUCUCUCUUGCUCCUGCUCCAGCUCUCUGUCUCCCUCCUACUCUCCCUCUCCUUUUUUCCUCUCUCUGCCUAGAAACCAUAGAAAGUUUAUACUAACCUGCUGGAGAGGCUCUGAAGCAUCAGAGGAAGCCUGCACUAACUGCCAGCCAUGUAAAUAAGUCAUCUUGGGAGCAAAUCCUUCAGCCCCAGCAAGAUUUCAGAAGAUGCAACUCAGCUGAUAGCUUGACUACCACCUCAGGAGAGACCCUUAUCCAGACCUACACAACUAAAACUGCUCCUAGAUUACUGACCCCCAGAAACUGUCAGCAAAUAAACACUAGUUUUAAGUCACUAAGUUUCAGAGUAUUUGUUCCACAGUAGCAGAAAAAACAAUACCAACAAGAAGCUCCUUACAGAACUAGUAGUUGUGAGUGACCUCUUCCCUCUGUGAUUCUCACUCCUGCAUGGACCCAGCACAAAGGAGCUGUACCCUCUCCAAUCACAGCCCUUCCCUCCUUGGCCUCUGGAUGUGCAUUUCCCUGCGUUCGACUGAAGGACCAGCUGCUGUCAACAUUCACAGGUCAUUUCAUCAAGCCUCAGUCCACACAGAGUCAUCCUAUUUGGGGCUCUAUAUUUAAGAAGAAAAAGCAGGGAAAAAAAAGAAGUAGCUAGACAAAGCAAUGCUCAGUGGUGAGAAAGAGAGGAAAUGACAGUAGAAUGGGACUACUCCCCUGAGGAAGAGCAGGCUAGUGAUCUCUCUGAAGGUGUUCUAUACAAUACUUUUAAAUUCUCAUUCUCACUUGCACUAGUUGCUGUCCCAACCUGGAGCACAGGGCUCACUCUUAUCUGUCCAUUAUGUUGGUGGUGCCGGUGCUUCUUGGAUUUCCUCUUGCCUGGUCAUUUACAUUGAGUCCAUUCUCAAAAUGAGAAAAAAGUUCUCUGUGUGGUAUACUUUCUGAGUCUUCACGUUUUGAAUUAAUGCCUUUAUUUUAUGAUCACUGUCAAUAGUUUAACUGAGUUCUGAAUUCUAGAUACAACAACAUUUUCUCUUAGAACUCUAAAGAUCUAUCUUCUUAAAGCAUGCCUUGUUGCCAGUAAAAAGCCCAAUUCCAAUUCCAUACUCAUUCCUUGGAUGGUAACCUGUUUGUCUCCAGGGAAAAUUCAUCCCUAGGGUUCAGUGGUAUCACCGGGCACUAGUGACCUGGAGUACUUCCACUUACCACUCAGUAUUCAGAAGGCUCUUUAAAAGACAACUGACGUGAAAGGACAUGGAGGAAACUGAAAUGCAUAUUACCAAGUGAGAGAAACAAAUCUGGAAAGGAUAAAUACUGCACAAUUCCAAAGGCAUAACAUUCUAAAAAAGGCAAAACUGUAGAGUCAAUAAAAAGACCAGUGGUUCCCAAGUGUUCAGAGGAGGUAGGGAUAAGUUGAUGGAGCAUAGAGGCCAGUGAAACCAGUCUGUGUGAUAUGACAAUGGUGGAUCAGUGGUGGAUAAAUUAUACUUUUGUCAUAGCACCAAGAGUGACCCCAAUGUAAACCAUGGAUGUGGAGGGAGAAAGAUGGAUCAGUUUGGGUUCAUGAAUUGUACAAUGAAUGAUGUGAGUUGUUGAUAGUGGGGGCUAUAGGUGUGUGAGGGCAGGGGAUACAUGGGAACCCUCUGUACCUUCUGCUCCAUUUUGCCGUGACAGUAAAACUGUUUUGAGAUAUAGUCUAUUGAAAAAGAUAAUGUCUGCUGACAUCAUUCUUCACCCUUGGUUUUGUCCUUUAUUGCAUUUUCUAAGUGUUACAUGUAUUCAGCUGCUCAUUACAGUAGAAUAUAUAUGAUACUACUUACACACAUACAUAUACACAAUGUAAAGCAAAAUGUAAAUACCUAUGAACUCAGCUCCCAAAUUUAAAGCUAGAAUGUUUCUUAUAUCAUUGAAUGUUUCCACCCACUUCACCCCAUAUCCUGUCUCUCUGCAUCUCUUCUCAGACAUACAGCACCUUCAAAUUUUGUUUUUAACAUGUUUUUUUUUUUAACAUUUUUUGCUUCCUUCAGUUUUU